AUUAAAGUCCAAUUUGGAUAAAGCGAUAAACCCUUUUGUUUCUCACUCAUCACCUCUCUACUCUCUCUCUCUCUCCCCAUUGCUCCUCAUCAUUCUUCAGCUACCUCCACAAAUAUGGCAACAAUCUCUUCCAUACUCUCUCCCAAUCUCCUCCAAAACCCCACAAAGCUCUUCACAAUCCAACAAUUCCAAACACAGCCCUCAAAACUCUCUCUCCACACCCUCAGACCACCCCAAUUUCACAAUUCUCUCAAAUUCCCCAUUUCACGUCUUGUUUCAAACCCUAGAGAACCCACUAGAGUCUGUGCCGUUGCCGAAGAAACAUCGGUGUCGACCCAAGACCCGUCGUCGGAGGCCGCAAGGCGGCUCUAUGUUGGAAACAUUCCCCGGAAUCUCGGCAACGAUGAGCUCCAGCGUAUUGUCGAAGAGCACGGCGCUGUAGAGAAGGCCGAGGUGAUGUAUGAUAAGUACUCUGGAAGGAGCCGCCGAUUUGCAUUUGUUACGAUGAAGACAGUUGAUGAUGCUAAUGUAGCUACAGAAAAACUGAAUGGCACGGAAAUUGGCGGACGGGCGAUCAAAGUAAAUAUAACUGAGAAGCCUUUGGCAACUAUGGAUUUGCCACUUCAGGCAGAGGAUUCCCAAUUCAUUGACAGCCCACACAAAGUUUAUGUAGGUAAUCUUGCAAAGACAGUAACCUCAGACACGCUCCAAAAGUUUUUCGCGGACAAGGGAAAGGUUCUUAGCGCAAAGGUGUCUAGGAUUCCUGGGACCUCAAAAUCAAGUGGGUUUGGGUUUGUUUCAUUCUCUUCAGAAGAGGAUGUUGAAGAAGCCAUCUCAUCUCUUAACAAUACUGUGUUUGAAGGGCAGAAAAUUCGUGUGAACAAAGCAUAGCAUUGUUUGAAGACAGAUUUGCAUUGUAUGUAACUGUUGUAUUGAGGAUUAGGACGUCAUUUCUGAAGAAGCAUCAAGAGAAAAAAGGGGAAAAAACAAUUCCAAAUGCUUACAGAACAGCUGAAUGUUCAUAUUUAUAUUUUGUAAUGAGCUUUAUUUUGCUAUGCGGGGCGGGGAAGUUUAUAUAUGACUACAAUACUAGAGUUAUUUGAUGAGGUCUCUGAUGUAGUUGUGAUCUCAUGGUUUAUGUAGUCAUAAGGGUUCGUAAUUGUUUGAUUGUUAUUUUAAAGCUUUUAGAUUCACUGAA